GGCCGCCGUCGGUACUCGGAUACUCCUACUUGGACCGAUAAUCUUCACCGUUCGAUAUGUCUCGAUACCCUUACACCCGUUUAUUUUGGCAAUCAGAGCGAUCCGUCGUCAUCGCAGGACCUCACAUACAAGUCCUUGACACUAACACGGGCAAUGUCCUACAUUCUACCGCGAGAUGCGAGGAAGAUCAAAUCGCAUCGGGGCCCAUCCGUUGUGCCGCAUUGAGUAAUUGCGGAAAGUAUCUCGCAACUUCAGGGGACGACAAAAAGCUCAAGACAUGGGAAGUUAAUGGUCUAAAACUCCUCGGUUCAAGGGGGCUGCCGAAGAAGCCAACAUAUAUUAAUUUUGUGGACAACAACGACAUACUCGUUGCAGACAAGUUCGGUGACAUAUUCCGUUAUCAGCUGUACCCUCACUCUGAGUCAAAUGGAUCGUCCAGUGGACAUACGCGUGAUGCUUUAGCAUCUCACGAAAAUCCUUCUGGCGGGGAACUCAUUCUUGGUCACGCCUCUCUUCUGACUUCAUUUCUCCUGACCGCCGACGAGCAGUACAUCGUGACCGCCGAUAGGGACGAACAUAUCAGAGUCAGCUGGUACCCACAAGGAUAUACGAUCGAGAGCUACUGCCUCGGUCACCAAAAAUACGUUUCUGCAAUUCAUAUUCCUUCAUUCUCUCCAGAGACGCUCAUAUCUGGUGGCGGAGAUUCCGUCUUGAAACUAUGGGAUUGGAUGAGCGGGAAACUACUACGUAAUAUUGAUGUCUUUUCUGCCGUUCAACCCUUCAUUGCGGUAAACGCGCCUAAAAAGAAAAGGGAUUGGAAGAAUGAAGACGAGGAUAUAGAGCCCACCGAAGGAAACAGAGGACGAAGAAAAAGUAAAGGGAAACGCCAAGAAAAACAAAGUGCUGACGACGGGGACGCGGAAGAAAGCCAAAAAUCUACAAUACCUGAAGGACGACCCGGAGAAGCGUCGACAGAGCAAAGCGAGGCCGUGUUUGUGGUGCACAGGGUGGCAUCUAUACCCUCACUAGCGCCAAGAAUCGUGUUCAGUGUAGUCGGAGCUACUGCUAUCUUCUGGUUUUCGAUGGACGACAACUCUGAGCCUUGUAUACAGCACGAGCCAUUUUAUAAACCUAUCAUUGACUUCACUCUGGAAGACGACGGGUUUGUUUGGGUUUUACUUGAUGCUGACUGGUCUUCACAAGGAAGCUGGAGUAGUAAAGGUGAAGGUAGUGACUCAAAUUUGGUCGAAGUACGAAGGUGGACACCAGACAAUUUCCCUGCAAGCCAUCCUUCGCCAUUGGCCUUGGCACUUAACUCCUGCACCCUGCCCGCUGCUCAAGCUGAUCUCAAAGCCCUGGACUUGUACUCAGAUCUCUUGGCACUUCCAAAAAAUGUCGAAGCAGAGGAUGAGGACAGGACCCAGUUCUUGUCUGAGGUGGUUGUCGAUGAUGCCACAACCGCAGAUGGAAGAUCAAAUGACGGGGGCAUGACCAAGAGAGGAUUAGGGAGGUUGAAGCAUAAGCAAGCUCUGCGGCGUUUGCAGGAGGUAGGUCGGGCAGAAAGUCUGGAUUUCGAGCCACUGGCAAACAACAAGAGAGCGAAGAGCGCCGGAGGAGACGUCCGGUAAAGUAGGCAUGGAUGCGACAUACACUUAACUCUGUGCACGAGGGAUGACUGUCAACUGAGGGAGGUGAUGCCGUUGGUAACGAAAUGGUACAUGAGUCAGGUUCGGACACAGUCCUGCACCUGCCCGGUCCAUGGUUGUUCAGUGCUGUAGGGGGGAUCAUCGGGAUUAAUCGGGGUUAAACUUGUUUAUCCAAGUUGAAUCAAUCUAAGGCGCCAUGGGUGGGGACGCGCGUGCAGCUCGCAUCAGCAAACUAGAAAUUUCCCCACAGACAUUACUAUUUUAGACUUUUUCGCACAGUAGCUCACAGUGCGGACAGACGCCACAAUGGACAUAGAUACACAGACACAUACUUUGCACAAUCUUCCAAUCACAGAC